CCACCUCUCCAUUGCUACAAAUAAAAAAGUACACAAAAAAAAAUCAUUUUAAGAAAGAGAAGAACAUCUCAACAACGCAAUAUCUUAAAAUUUUGAUAAUUAAAGCAAUAUUAUACACAACACAGCUUUGGGAUGAGCCAGCGCGUUCCAAGCUGGCACAUCGAUGGUACUCCGCCGGUCACCGUCCGCUCCACAAAAGCGGCAAAUAUCCCCAUGCUAGACUACGAGGUAGCCGAGCUGACGUGGGAGAAUGGGCAAUUGGGGUUGCACGGCUUAGGUCCACCACGAGUGCCGGCUCAUUCAAAGUACUCUACUGGAGCCGGUGGAACGUUGGAGUCCAUAGUGGACCAAGCUACUCGCUUCCCUAACCCUAAGCCCACCGAUGAUCUCGUGCCAUGGUUCCACCACCGCUCUUCCAGGGCGGCCAUGGACGCGCUUGUGCCAGAGCAGCAGAGCCAGCACGUGGGCUCGUGUAGCGAUGGUCAUCACAUGGCUGGUAAGAAACGAGCCAGAGUGGCUCCCGAGUGGAGCGCGAGCGGGAGCCAGCGCCUGACCAUGGACACUUACGGUUUCACCUCAACAUCGCUGGAUGAUAACUCCAGCUCCGGAGGGAAGCCUUGCACCAAAACCACCACCAUCGACGAUCAUGACUCCGUCUGCCACAGCCGUCCACAGAUGGAGGAAGAAGAAGGAGAGAAGCAAGGGGGAGGAAAAUCAUCGGUUUCAACCAAGAGAAGCAGAGCCGCUGCUAUUCAUAACCAAUCCGAACGUAAGAGGAGAGAUAAGAUCAAUCAAAGGAUGAAGACUUUGCAGAAAUUGGUUCCUAAUUCAAGCAAGACGGAUAAAGCGUCGAUGUUGGAUGAAGUGAUAGAGUACUUGAAGCAACUCCAAGCACAAGUGAGCAUGAUGAGCAGAAUGAACAUGCCUUCCAUGAUGCUUCCUAUGGCCAUGCAGCAACAUCAGCAACAACAAUUUCAGUUGUCUCUCAUGUCCAAUCCCAUGGGUUUAGGGAUUGGCAUGGGGAUGCCCGGUCUCGGUCUCCUCGACCUUAAUUCCAUGAACCGAGUUGCUGCUGCUGCUGCAACGCCUCCUAAUAUCCAUGCCAACAUGAUGCCAAACCCAUUUGUGCCCAUUACUUCUCCAUCGUGGGAUGCCUCCUCUUCCAACGACACUCGAUUUCAGUCUCCUCUCAUCCCCGAUCCUAUGGCAGCCUUUCUUGCAUGUUCCUCGCAGCCUACGACGAUGGAAUCAUAUAGCAGGAUGGCUGCAUUAUAUCAGCAAAUGCAGCAACAGCUUCCUCCUCCUUCGAAUCAAAAAUGAUUAUUUCAACACAUCCAUAUUACGUCUAAAUAUGUGUUACUCACCAUACAUUUUACAUCUUAUUUUAUAUGUACAGGCUACACAGGAAUCAUGAUAUAUAUAUAUAUAUGUAGUUUUUUU